AUGCCUGAGCUAAAUGCAAUAAAGUGGAAGGAUUUGCUAGUAGGACCUGGGCAGAUUUUUGCGAGUGCUGAUAAUUGUAGACAAGCAAUCUACAAGUAUAGUAUUGCACACAGGAAGUCUAUGCCCUUACUUCGUGUAACAACUUUCAAGAAUGAGCACUUACAUUCUGCCCAAGAAGACCUUGAAGUUUCUUACAGUACAAGGUGCACACUGACUUCGUCUAUAAUUGAUGACAUAGUAAGGUCUAAUGUGGAAAAAAGACCCAAUGAAAUCAAAGCUGACAUAUAUAGAGACUAUGGCAUAAGUCUAACUUAUCGUCAAGCUUUAAGAGCGAAAGAGAGGGCAUUGGUGGAAAUAAAUAGGCUUCCUGACCAAUCAUAUAUGCUUGUUCCUUGGUUGUGUAAUAGACUAAUGGAGACUGAUGCUGACACUGUAGCAAAGUGGGUGGCUUCUGAGAACAAUAGAUUUGAACGUUUAUUUAUUGCAUAUGGUUAUUCCAUUAAAGGAUUCUUGCUUGGGGCUAGGCCUAUUUUAUAUGUGGAUGGAUGUUUCUUCAGUGGUCCUUAUCAAGGCACCUUACUGGCAGCUUCAACAUACGAUGCCGAUAAUGAGUUGUUUCCAUUAGCUUUUGCAAUAGUUGGGAGUGAAACUCAUGAUGAUUGGACUUGGUUUCUUCAAAAUAUUAAAGAUAUCCUUGGUUCGCUACAGGUAACUAUUGUUUCUGAUAGAAAUAAUAUUAUUAUUGGUGCUGUUAGAGCCAUAUUUGAUGGUGAUAGACAUGCAUUUUGCUAUCGACAUGUUAAGGAGAAUUUUAGCUCUGAGUUUAAUAAAGUUUGUAGGGAAUGGGAAGGAACAGCAAAGAAGAGGCACUAA